UUUUCAAUUAGCUUUAUUGCCCAAAGUAUCAAUCAUUGUUUAAUACGUCUCGCUGUCAUCGCUGAACAGUAAGCAUUUCGUGGUCACCUCCACUGCCUAAUCUUAUUAAUCUAUUAAGGGGAAGGAGAUGAAGGUUUCCGGUGUUUGACUUUCCAAUUUCUUCACAACCAAUGAAAUUUAGAUCUUUUAUAGGAACCCAUUUCGAAUCAGGCAUUGCAUUUGAGCUACAAUGGCUAAAUUCACGGUCUUGAUCUGGGUUUUGUUGGGGUUAUGGACUGAUGUUGUGUUGGGUGUGGAAAAUGGUCAGGAGGCACCGUACAGGAUUCAUACUCUGUUCUCAGUGGAAUGCCAGAAUUACUUUGAUUGGCAAACGGUGGGGCUCAUGCAUAGCUUCAAGAAGGCUGGACAACCCGGACCUAUUACCCGGCUGCUGAGCUGUACGGAGGAGGAGAAGAAGAACUAUAGAGGGAUGCAUUUGGCUCCAACUUUUGAGGUGCCCUCCAUGAGCAGACACCCCAGAACUGGAGACUGGUACCCUGCAAUCAAUAAACCUGCUGGAAUUGUUCACUGGCUAAAAAAUAGUAAAGAUGCAGAUAAUGUCGAUUGGGUUGUCAUUCUAGACGCUGAUAUGAUCAUUCGAGGUCCAAUUACACCCUGGGAACUUGGAGCAGAGAAGGGCAAGCCUGUUGCAGCAUAUUAUGGGUACUUGGUUGGAUGUGACAAUAUUCUAGCUCACUUGCACACGAACCACCCUGAACUAUGUGACAAGGUUGGUGGGCUUUUAGCCAUGCACAUCGAUGACCUUCGAGCAUUAGCACCCAUGUGGCUGUCGAAGACAGAAGAAGUACGUGAAGAUAGGGCUCAUUGGGCAACCAAUAUAACUGGUGAUAUCUAUGGCCAAGGUUGGAUAAGUGAGAUGUAUGGCUACUCAUUUGGUGCUGCAGAAGUUGGACUUCGGCACAAGAUUAACGACAACUUAAUGAUCUACCCAGGCUAUACACCACGAGAGGGUUUUCAGCCUAUUCUACUUCACUAUGGUUUGCCAUUCAGUGUGGGAAAUUGGUCCUUCAGUAAAUUGGAACACCAUGAAGAUGGUAUUGUUUAUGAUUGUGGUCGGCUCUUUCCUGAGCCUCCUUACCCUAGAGAGGUAAAAUUGAUGGAAUCUGAUCCAAAUAAAAGGCGAGGACUAUUUUUAAGUAUAGAGUGUAUAAAUACUCUGAAUGAAGGUCUCCUACUACAGCAUGCUGCAAAUGGAUGCUCUAAGCCAAAAUGGUCAAAAUACCUGAGCUUUUUAAAGAGCAAAACUUUUGCAGAACUAACUAAGCCAAAACUUCUUACUCCUAACAGCAUAAAAACGGAGACUGCAAAUGAGCAGCAGGUCAUUGAUGAACCUCAGAAACCACAUCCAAAAAUCCACACCAUAUUUUCCACAGAAUGUACACCUUAUUUUGAUUGGCAGACUGUAGGCCUUGUACAUAGUUUCCACCUAAGUGGUCAGCCCGGAAAUAUCACACGGCUUCUCAGUUGUACAGAUGAAGACUUAAAGCGGUAUGCAGGCCAUGAUCUGGCUCCAACCCACUAUGUUCCUUCUAUGAGCCGGCAUCCACUAACAGGCGAUUGGUAUCCAGCAAUUAAUAAACCAGCUGCUGUCCUUCAUUGGCUUAAUCAUGCAAAUAUUGAUGCUGAGUUCAUAGUUAUUCUUGAUGCUGACAUGAUCUUGAGAGGUCCAAUUACACCAUGGGAGUUCAAAGCAGCACGUGGCCGUCCAGUUUCGACUCCCUAUGACUACCUUAUUGGUUGUGACAAUGUGCUUGCAAAACUCCAUACAAGCCAUCCUGAGGCUUGUGACAAGGUUGGGGGUGUAAUCAUCAUGCAUAUAGAAGAUCUUCGAAAAUUUGCUAUGCUGUGGUUGCAUAAAACCGAGGAGGUUCGGGCUGACAAAUCUCAUUAUGCCACAAAUAUAACCGGAGAUAUAUAUGAAUCUGGCUGGAUCAGUGAGAUGUAUGGUUACUCUUUUGGUGCAGCAGAGCUGCAACUACGACACCUUAUAAGCAGGGAGAUAUUAAUAUACCCAGGAUAUGUCCCCGAGCCGGGUGUCAAGUAUAGAGUCUUUCACUAUGGGUUAGAAUUUAAAGUUGGGAAUUGGAGCUUUGAUAAGGCAAACUGGAGAGAUGCUGAUAUGGUUAACAAAUGCUGGGCCAAGUUUCCAGACCUGCCUGAUCCUUCAACGCUUGAUCGGACUGAUGAGGACGUCUUACAGAGGGACUUACUUAGCAUAGAAUGUGGAAAGACACUGAAUGAAGCACUACUAUUGCAUCAUAAGAAGAGAAACUGCCCUGAUCCUAACUCCUUAUCCAACUCAAAUGAGGAUACAGCAAAGGAAGCUGUAAGUUCAAGGAAAUUUGGCUGGAUUGAUGUUAGUAAUACUGUAAGAACUGACCCUGUGCCUGUAAAACAUUCUCAGGAAUCAUCUCUGCCUGCUGCAACAGAUGGCCUCUUUGGUUCUUUUAGGUUCUGGGUUAUUGUUUUAUGGGCAGUUUCUGGUUUAGGUUUUGUGGCAGUCAUGUUCACUGUGUUUUUAGGUCGUAAAAGUAAGGGAACUAAGGGGAAAAGUUACAGAAGCAAGAGAAGAUCAUCUUAUUCAGGAUUCUUGGACAUGAAUGGCCGUGAAAGGCUUCUCCACAAUGCUGAAUCAUCCUUGUAACCUUAAAAAUUUUAGAGGACACAAUGAUUUGCAGAGGAUUGAGCAUUACAGAGCUUCAUGGAAAGUCUUGAGGCAAAUUUCACAAGCAUAUGAAUACAGCAAAACAGUGUAGAAUAUUUUCCUAAAAGAGAGGCACUACCACGGAAAAGUUUUGGCUGCUAUUUCUAUUGUUGUAACUUUGACCUGUCCCUAGUUUUAUUUCAAUGCAAUAGAAGAAACAAUGAAAGUUGAAAACAUUUUCUUCAUAAUCUCUAAAUUUUUGAAUCCUUUAACAUUUGUUUUUUGCUGCAUAACUUUCCCCUUGCAGUCAUGAAAAGUUUACUGAUCAUUAGAUCUGUCUUUUCCUGGAUGUAUUUUACCAUCCGAGGUCCUAAUAUUCAUUCUUUUAUUUGCUA